CUACAUCUUUCUUCCAACCUGAAAACUAGCAUCAAGGAACGUGAAAAAUUGCUAGGUUUAAACCAUUUAAAGCUGAGAUAGCAGCUUUAGUAAGCAUAGGUGGUUUAUGGUACUCUGCUACCUGCUACCGCCACCUGCAGCUACGAACCGAUGUCUAUACCCGCUCGACCCGUUCCCUCACUGUCUAGUUAUGAUAUAUUGAUCCAUAAACACGUCUAGUGAAUCAAACCCAGCAGAAAAGCAAUACAGCCUAGAGCUUCUUAAACCCCCAAAGUGUGCUCUUCACAUCUUAUUUUCAUGCGAUCGGGCAGUGAAGUGGGUUUUGGCCGUGAACCUAGUCUAGUCUGUUAGUGUCUACUCCGCCUAAUGGGGUUAGCCGAUCAGUGCCCCUCCACUGGCUUCCUAUGAUUUUUUCUUGACCCUCCGCUUGCAUCUAGACUGACUCUACGGAUCCCCUAACAUUCUUCCCACCACCACCUCCACGAGUUCUGCUUCCUUGCGCUCAUUUCUCCUCAUCCAUACACACGCGCCGACAACACCACUCUUCCUCUCUGCUCAGCAUCCUUCGCGCAAUUCCCAGUGACCGAUCACCGACCACACGCAUAUCCUCCGUUCUCGCGCAAUCAAUCUCCAAGAUCGGCUAAGCCACCUACGUUCCGCCAAAGUAUCGCUUUCCCUCUCUGCACGGUAACCUUUCAGACUCGAGUCGGUCCAUCACUCAGCAUCCUCCACCCUCCAUCCCAGUCCCUCAUCUUCAGUGCAUGCAACGCGCCUUGAUUUUGCCAUCUGAGGGUACAGAUCUCAGCCCAUUAGCAGUCCAUCUUGCACUUCAGAUCUGGUUGGUUCAGAGAUUGAGUCCUUGAGCCCUCCAGCCUUGCCCUUGAAGCUGUCCUUGUGAUCGAGGAUUGGUUGCACUUGAGCACAUUAAUCCCCAAUUCCAGCCUCCCACAUAGUUCAUUCUGAGCCUGCAAUCCAUUGCUUCAGCAGCUUCUCAAGCUAGCUACGCUUUCUAACUGUGCAAAAAAAGCCCCACCAACUGAAUACUCGAGGGCCCACUAUCAAUCCAGCCUCGUACCCGCCCUUAUUGGCCUCAACACCAAGGGGCAUGACUGCCGAUACCGUCAGUGCGGUCAAAACAGGCACUCCGAACACUGCGAACACGCUCUUCCAAAGUCUCGGACCCAUGGCGGCGGGCGGGGUCAUCUUGAAUAACAUGGCCGUCGAUACUCCCACCUCCGACGACUCGAACUUCUCCGACGCAUACAAAGAGGGGCCAACCGAGGCACAGCAAGCGGGGAGAGUCGAACAAGGCACUGAAGUUAGCGACUAUGCCAUGACAUUUGAUUCAGAAGGCGAAGGAAUAGAGACAGAUAGUCAGGAUAUAACACAGGCAAAUUUUGAGCAACCGACGGCUUCGGCCUCUCUUCCUUCUACAGUGCUCGCCAAUCUACCUGCGUCGUCCACAUCCACAUCUAUCCCAGUCAUUCCAAUCCCAGGUGGAGCUUCUGCCUCUGCCUCUCUCAUCACCGACGAAGAAGUCGCCAUCCCACUUCGAAUUUCCUCCCACCCACGUACAGGUACAGCCACCGCGGCUCCCACACCCUCCAUCACCAACGUCCCUCAGUCCAAUAGCCCAGCUGUUCAAGCUCCAGCCCAACCCGCGACUUCCCAAUCCAUCCAUACUUAUGAGGCUAUCGAGAAUGGUGACGUAGACAUUCAACAACUGCUCGACAAUAUCACUGCGAAAGCAGAAAAAAAUGAGGCAGCUGCAGCCACAGCCCAAUCUCCAUCCACUCUAUCUUCCCACAUUCCUAAAUCUGGCCUGCCUGCCCACUCAAGCCUCCCACCCCGUCCACAGGUGCCUCAAAAUAUUUCCUACAGCAACCAUGACCUUCAAAAGUAUCAUGCAGGACCUCCUGGUGUUCUCCAACAGUCGGCUGCAUAUAGAGCACCAGGUGGGGCCCCGCCUAGCAUGGGAGGUAUUGGUAUUAAUGGCUUACCCCCUCCUCCAUCUGCAUCUUUCGCACAACUUCCUCAAUCAAUUGCAAGCCCUACUAGCCAGUCUCCUCACACCCAGUUCAAUGGACAUUCUGCCCAAGCCCAGUCUGCUGGCAAUGUGGCCCAAGAUGAACAUGAUGACAUUGAGAAACGAUGGGGACCUGACGUGCAGAAGAUCUACGAUCAAUUCCUUUCUGAUGAGCGUGGUUAUGUUACACAAGGUUCAUGGGAUACAUUUCCAGCAGGCUCUCGUUUGUUUAUAGGUAAGUAAAGGGUUUCGAUAGCUACUACAGUCCAAUUCUGAUGAAACUUAAUAGGAAAUCUUCCAUCAGAUAAAGUCACCAAGCGGGACCUAUUCCAUGUUUUCCAUAAGUAUGGGAAGCUUGCACAAGUUUCGAUCAAGCCAGCAUACGGAUUCAUACAAUUCCAUGAUACGGCAUCAUGCUACAAAGCAUUGCAGAAUGAGCAAGGGGCUGAAGUCAGGGGACGUAAAAUGCGUAAGUGGAUAUGGACAAUCUCCUUGCUGUUGCAUAUACUAAACAACUUGGCAGAUCUUGAAAUUUCAAAGCCACAAAAGAAUACCCGCAACGCCCAACCAAAAGCUCAACCUACUCGUAGAUCCCGAUCACCGCAAAGAGACAACAAGAACGGAAGACGUGGCAAUAGAAAUUCUGGAGGCGAUUCUUAUGAUGGCAGAGCUAAUCCUCGAGACGACUAUGGUCGCCAUUAUCGUCCGGUCAGAUCACCAUCACCACCCCGAACCUCUCUUCGUGGUCGAGAUGAUUAUGGUAAUCGUGGAAGAGACCCAUAUGAUAGCCGAGACCGUCGUCGAAGUCGUUCCCGAUCCCCAUAUAGAGACAACCCACGAUAUCGUGGGAGAAGUCUCAGUCCAAGAGGACGUGAGGCACAUGAAGAUAUGGAACUUGAUAUCCCACGACGAGACCCACGUGAUGUGCCUGACGUACAAAUCAUUCUCAUGGACCAACUUGAUCGGGGCUUCGUCCAAUGGGUAGAGGGCGAAUUCCAUGCCCGUGCAAUCAAGACACAGGUCAUGUUUCUUAGCCCACGUCUCCCACUCGAAACUGUCAUCCGACGACAAAUCCUCGAAGGUGUUCACGCAGUCUCUCAACUGAAUAUGAAAUCUCAAAACAGCAGCCGAGUUCCACUGCAAGUUUUUGAUCGUCAAGGUGGGGCCAACAAUGUUCGAUUUGAUGAGUAUCAAGAUCUAGAACCGAAGGUCGCAGCUGAACUUGUAGUUCGUGCUAAACAAGACUCUUCUGCGCCGCAACCACCACAAAUGCCUCAAUACGGAGUACCUUACCCAAACGGACAAUAUAACCAAGCACCCGUAGCAACAACAGCCACGGUCCCCAAUUUUGGAAAUAUCAUUGGCCAAUUGGACAACAACGCCUUGCAAAGUCUGUUGGGCUCCAUUAAUUCACCUCCCAUCCAAAAUGGGCACCAAAAUGGACCAGCUGCAUCUGCAAACUCUGCAAUCGACCUCGCUGCACUUCUUGGGGGUCUCCAGCAACAACAGCAGCAUCAUCAGCCACAACUCAACCAUCCACAAGCACCGCAGCAGCCAAGCUAUGGCCAACCACCAGCCGUCUCUACUGCUGAUCCAUACGCUCACCUUGCAUCUAAUCCGGCUUUGGCUCAAUUCUUCAAUGGCAGUAUGCAAAAUACGCAAGGAGGCCCACAACAAUCGGAUCAACAGGUUCAAAGUAUCAUGGCCUCGCUUGCCAAGUUCCGACCAUGAUCUCUUACGAGUAAUGCUUGCGCGGGCAUCUUCUGGUGUUUGUUUGUUUAGGAUGCGAAUGGAAUGAAUGAAUGGAUGGGGGGUAGUCUUUUUGAUUGGAGUUCAGGAUGAGAUACCUAACACAUCGCGGAUUUGUAAUUUGUUUUCUUCUUCUAUCAUUGAGAUGAAUUCUCCCUACUUCUAGGUACGUUUGGUAUGAUGGUACAGUAUAUUGUUACAGGAGGAGUUUGUUGGUUGGUUUGCCUAGCCAAAUGCCCCGGCAGUCGCAGACACAACUUGAAACAGGAAUCGGAAUGAGAACCUGAUCUUGUACAGACGUAUUCUAGUCUUCUGCAUCUCUCUGCUCUACUCGCUGGUAGGUAAUGAUGAUCUACAUGGUGUGUUUUUUGUACAUAGUCGAUACAGUUGGUGAUGAUUGUUGAGUAUAAUGAAAUGAUGGAUGGGUGGAUAUCCACAUAUUAAUCUUUACAUUAAUCUUUUUUGGGAGACGUUGGUGGUAUUGGCCAGACGUUUGGCC